UGCCGUGUCCCCUCACCGCCACCUUUUGCCGACCAUUUCCUUCUCUUUUCUUUCUUUACCCAGCGAAGACAGCCCGGCAUCGCAAGGAUGGGAGGUGACGGCACCGCCUCCUCUUUGCACUGAUCGCCUCGCCUUCUUUUGCUUCGGAGUCGCCGCCCGCCUUCGGCUUCCCCCUUUACAGCUCGCCGAUCACUUCUUCUUGACGCUUUCACCACCUUCUCCUCCUCCCCUUCUUCCUUGUACUUGUUUCUCACAUCGAGUUCAUCUUUUUCUGAGAAGAGAGGAGAGGGGUCGGGAGGGGAGACAUGCUGCAGAGGGCCGCCAGCAACGCGUACUCGUGGUGGUGGGCGAGCCACAUCCGGACGAAGCAGUCGAAAUGGCUCGACAGCAAUCUCCAAGAGAUGGAGGAGGUAGUGAAAAAAAUGCUCAAGCUCAUCGAAGCAGAUGCUGAUUCCUUUGCUAAGAGGGCAGAGUUGUACUUCAAAAGGAGACCUGAGUUGACAAGCUUCGUGGAAGAUGCCUACAGGGCAUACAGAGCAUUGGCUGAAAGAUAUGACCACAUCUCAGGAGAAUUGCACAAGGCCAACCACACGAUAGCAACUGCUUGUCCUGAACAAGUCCAGUAUGCGAUGCUAGAGGAGGAGGAUGAUAAUUUUCCAAAAGCAAUUACCCCAAUUGAUCCAAGUAAAAUUAACAAGCCAACAGUGGAGGGAUUAAUGAACAGAAGAAGAGAAAAUGAAUCAUCCAUUAAGAGAAAACAGAAGAAUAGUAAUGUACCUCAGAUUAAUAAAGAAAAGGCUCAAGAAGAGAUAGAUAAGCUUCAGAAAGGAAUACUGGUUCUGCAGACGGAAAAAGAAUUCAUCAAGAGUUCAUACGAGACUGGGAUAGCCAAGUAUUGGGAGAUUGAGAAGCAAAUCAUGGAUAUGCAAGAAAAAGUUAGUUGCUUGCAAGAUGAGUUUGGUACCAGUUCAGUCAUCAAAGACGAUGAGGCACGUGCCUUAAUGACAGCGACAGCUCUUAAAUCCUGUGAGGAUGCCAUAGUCAGUUUGCAGGAACAGCGGAAAAAAUCGUUGGAACAGGCUAAGGUAGAGUCUGAAAGAAUUGAGGUUGCUAAGGACAAACUGAAGACUCUCAAAGGUGAGUAUUGCCAAUCUGAAAUGGAAGAUGCAGAUAUGUCUGGUGAAAAUACACAAAUGAGCUUCACAGCUGAAAAAAUGGAGGAAGACCUUUAUUCUCUAGACAAUGCAAGGCUUGAGUUACAGUCCAUAUGCAAGAAAAUUAAGACACAUUUUGAAAUGAAUCCUGAAAGCUCUGUGAUCGAAAUUGCAGAGAAGAUUAAUGAGCUUGUAGAUAAAGUUCUCGCACUGGAACUGACAGUUUCAUCACAGGCUGUACAAAUAAAUCGAUUGACUUCAGAAAACAAUGAACUUGAUAAAUACCUUCAGAAAUUGGAAGAGGAGAAAACGAUUCUGAUUAGUGAUUCAAAUGCAUUGUCUGAAAGACUGAAGGAAGCUGAAGAGGAGCUUAACAAAGUUCAGGCAAUCGAGAAAAUUGUCCGAGAUGGAGAAAUAAAUUUCUAUGACAACUUUAGUGAGGCCUGUCACAGCCUCAGUGGUAUUUCAGAGAAGCUGCAGUCUCAUAAAUCACCAGAAGAUGAGUGUGUUGCAGAUGCAUCCACAGAGGAAGAAGCUUCUGCGUUUAGCACUGUACCACUGAGAGAGUGCCAAGAUAAAGAAGUAACUGAAAUCCAUGACGUCAAGAAGGAUAUGGAAGAGGAGAUUCAUACAACUAAGGAACUUGGUCACCGCCCAGAAGAUCCUUCCCAGAUGGAGGCUGGUUCUCAGCUCAAGAGUGCUUCGGAUGAGAUUGAGGACCCAAAGAAAGGAAAUGAACUGGGCGAGAAAGGCUUAUCACAAACGUAUCUAGGCAUUCGUCAAUCUGACAAUGAAGAAAUCCUGCUUGAUGAAAAAGAGCAUGCUCUUAACUUUCAGCAAGUAGUUCCAAGUGGUUUAGAAGGUACAGAAAAAAUUGUGUUUGCUGAGUACACAUCAAUCUUACAAAAUUACGAAGAGACAAAGAGAAGGCUCUCUGAAGUAGAGAAUAAAAAUGAAGAACAUCUUCAAGAGACAAUGUCUUUGAUAGGGGAACUGAAGAAUGUCAUUGCAAUGAAAGAUGAGGAGAUACAGUUGCUGAAACAACAAUUGGCCUCUCUAAAGAUGAGUUCCGAUAUUACUGCAGAUGCACCUUCCAUUGGAGACUCUUGGGAUGGUCAACAAAAGCUUGAAAGCACAUCCAACUCUGUGAUGGUCACAGAGAGUUCCAACCUUCGAGAUUCUGAGAUGCUUGAAGAUCUAAGUAUAUCCACUACAAAAAGAGAUUCAGAUGAUAAGUUUACAGAAGUACAUGGACCCCUUGAGGAAGGCAGCAAUGCAGAUUGCAUCAAUGAGCCAAAAAGCAUUUCACCAGUGGAAGAAAAGCUCAGAAGGGAUAUUGACGCUUUGCUUGAUAGAAAUUUGGAAUUCUGGCUAAGGUUCAGCACAUCAUUCCAUCACAUACAGGAGUUCAAGGCCAAAUAUGAAGACCUACAAGCUGAUAUUGAUAGGCUGAAAGACAACAAGACACCAGGGGGCAAUGAUGGUGCUACUGGCAAUCAGGAUGGGGAACCUGAAUCAGCGAUAGUAGCCACAAGACUGAGAGAAUUGAAGACUGAGCUCCAGGUGUGGUUGGAACAAAAUGCACUGUUGAAAGGUGAGCUGCAAAGUACAAUCUCAUCUCUUGAUGAUAUGCAAGAGGAGAUAUCAACUGCUGCCAACACAAAAUCAGAAACGGGGGAAGCGAUGUGCACUCCUUAUCAAGCUGCAAGGUUUCAAGGUGAGGUGAUGAACAUGAAACAAGAGAAGAAUAAGGCUGCAAGUGAAUUGCAGGAGGGACUAGAUCAAGUCAGGCGGCUUCAAGCUGAAAUUGAGCAGCAGUGGUCUAAGCUACGUGAGAACUUUGAACCAUUUCCAUCGGCAAGCACCCCCGAUGCUGGCUUGGAGCAUUCUCCCAGUAGGACCAGGGUACCAUUGCGGGUCUUCCUUUUCGGUGCCAAGCCUAAAAAACCAUCUAUAUUUGCACGCAUCCAUCCAGUGUUUCAGAAACAAAACAGUAAGCUGAAGGCUGGGCGUCGGUCUAAAUGGUUUUCUCAAUCUGAUGAGUAGCUCAUUUCUAGUUGGAUGAGAGGGACUUCGACCCCAUCAUCAUGUGGGAGGUGCUUCACGUUUUUUGUCUAACUUUCCAAGGAUACCUUUGGUUUGCCUUGUGUGCCUUUUGCUCAGUGGCAGCAGCUUUUCUCAGCUCUGUUCCAGAAGAAACCAGUAAUCUUGUUGAUGAAAGUUGUGUUGAGGUUGAAUUUUAGAUUUUACAAAUCCAGUUGAUACUUUAUUCAUUGCAAAGAAAAAAAUAUAUAUCAUUUGUUUAUACGUGCAAUAGCAAUCCGAAGUUUUUUCCUUUUC